AUGUCUUCCAACGAGUCCAUCCACCCCUCUUCUGAAGACAUUCUCAUCGAACAAACGCCCUCCACCAAACCCUCCAUUCCUUCGACCCCCGAGAUGUCCAUAGUAGAAGAACGGUCCGUACCAUGGGACACAGACGAAGAACAAGCAGCACGGGAAGCGGAAGAGGGAUUCAGCGAGUAUCUGGAAGGACUGGACGAGGAUGAACGACAACAGGAUGAGAUGAUCAGACUAUUCACGGAGGACUUCGACAGACCUUCACCUUCCCACUCUCCCUCUCCACCACCCCUUAUCCACACACCAAGCGAGGGGAUCGUAUUUCCCGACAGAGAAACGUAUCUGACGACUCCCGUCGCCUACAUGAUGGGGCUUAUCGAAGGCACGCCGAACACCGAAUUUGUAUCGGGACCAACUAGACCGGAAAUUCAGAGGGCGUUGGAGAUCCUGGAAGAAGAAAGGAGCUUCGUCCGACACGCACAACGAGCCUUACAGAUCAGAGAGGGAACGCUCAUCGCCCGCAUUAAUGCAGGCGAGAGGAAGCUCAUAGGUCUAGACCAGACAACACCCCUUCGGGACACCUUUCAUCCCGCCGAUGACAUCACCCCUGUCACUGAAUAUCACAUGCCAACCACGGCUGUGGUAUCUCGUGCCUUGUCUUCGGCCUCAAAUGGAGCGCCACUUCGCCCAAUGCCGGGGGCUUACCCCAUGGAACGCGGCAGAGGAAGGGACGUCUAUAGGUUCGCACAAAUAUCGCCUCGCUACCACAUUGUACCCGCACGACUGGGCUUAAUCUGCCCUUCUACCCGAACUCGACCUCCCCUUCCCUUUGUCGAGUAUGACUCCAGCGAGUCCGACACCCAACCCAUCGUCCUCCGUCCUCGAGUCCCCGCAUGGUUGGUAACGAGGUGGGAUAUCAUGACGUCCGUACUCAAGGGCUAUUGUGUCAUGACUCGACUGUGGGCAGCGAGAAUGAUCCUCUCGUCCCGAACAGCCGUUCGUGACAGUAAUGAGUCAGAGUCUGACUGUGAGGUUGGUUCCUUUUGCUCCGAGUCUUCGGGGAUUACCAGUGCCGGUUCCUUGUAUUGGGGUGAGCCAAUGGAUCCCCUUGUGCCAGAUAGGGCGAUUGUUAUGACGGAGUUGGUUGUCUAUGCAUCUAGUGCCGGGAGGGAAGGUUAUGAGAAAGAGUGUGGCAGCAAGCUAGUGUGGGCAAGUGUUAUGAACUGCUCGUUCGGUAACCCCAAGAGUAGGAGGUUCUUCCCUAGGUUGCUCGUAGAGGAAGGGUGGAACGAUGGUCUUGACUGGUCCGAGGGAGGGAUUCGGGAAGCUUUGGGGAAAUACCGAACAGUGCUAGACAAGUACCGAAGUCGCCGACUUUUACCGAACACGGUCGGUCCCUACCCGACCGACGACAAGCCACCGAAGGACGAUUCGGCAGCACUUGGGAGGGUUACGAUAGGUGUGUACGAGAUCGGAGCCAGUAUUCCGUAUCGGCCGAUGUCCUCUGUGAGUCGGUCGGUCCUUAUCGCUUAUCGUCCCGACUUCCGCAUGGUCGGUCAAACACGAUCUUACACCAUUGCUUGGCCACCCUGGUCGUACGAUACCUCUUCUUUAUUUUUCAUUGGUUCUCCAACACCUGUUCCUGCUACCUACACUCGGGCGACGGAUCCCGAACGUUUGGGAUUUCGACAUCACUGA